GAGCGCAGCGCACUGCACCGCGAUGGCCGUGGCCGUGGGGAGACCGGCGAGCGAUGACCUUAGGAACCUGUCCCUCUCCGGCCACGUGGGCUUCGACAGCCUCCCUGAUCAGCUGGUCAACAAGUCAACGUCGCAGGGCUUCUGCUUCAACAUCCUCUGCGUGGGUGAAACUGGCAUCGGCAAGUCAACGUUGAUGGACACUCUGUUCAACACCAAGUUUGAAAGUGAACCUGCGACGCACAACGAGCCUGGCGUGAGAUUGAAAGCCAGGAGUUACGAGCUCCAGGAGAGUAAUGUCCGUCUGAAGCUGACUAUUGUCGACACAGUUGGAUUUGGCGAUCAAAUUAACAAAGAUGACAGCUACAAGCCUAUAGUAGAAUAUAUCGAUGCGCAGUUUGAAGCCUACUUGCAAGAAGAGCUGAAGAUCAAACGAUCCCUGUUCAAUUACCACGACACCAGAAUUCACGCCUGCCUAUAUUUCAUUGCACCAACCGGACACUCGCUGAAGUCCCUAGACUUGGUCACCAUGAAGAAGCUCGACAGUAAGGUGAACAUCAUCCCCAUCAUUGCCAAGGCUGACACCAUUGCAAAAAACGAGUUGCACAAGUUCAAGAGUAAAAUCAUGAGCGAGCUGGUCAGCAACGGUGUCCAGAUCUACCAGUUCCCGACAGAUGAAGAGACAGUGGCUGAGAUAAAUGCCACGAUGAGUGUCCACCUUCCUUUUGCUGUAGUUGGCAGCACUGAAGAAGUGAAGAUCGGCAAUAAGAUGGCAAAAGCCAGGCAGUACCCCUGGGGUGUUGUGCAGGUUGAAAAUGAAAAUCACUGUGACUUUGUGAAGCUGCGGGAGAUGCUGAUCCGAGUGAACAUGGAGGACUUGAGAGAGCAGACGCACACCCGACACUACGAGCUGUACAGGCGCUGCAAACUUGAAGAGAUGGGAUUCAAGGACACGGAUCCGGACAGUAAGCCUUUCAGUCUCCAAGAGACAUAUGAAGCAAAGAGGAACGAAUUCCUGGGCGAACUCCAGAAGAAGGAGGAUGAAAUGAGGCAGAUGUUUGUCAUGCGAGUGAAGGAGAAGGAAGCAGAGUUGAAGGAAGCAGAGAAAGAUCUUCACGAAAAGUUUGACCAUCUAAGGAGGACUCACCAAGAAGAGAAGAAAAAAGUGGAAGACAAAAAGAAGGAACUUGAGGAAGAGCUGAACAACUUUCAAAAGAAGAAGGCAGCAGCUCAGCUAUUACAGUCACAGGCUCAGCAGGCAGGUUCGCAACAAACCAAGAAAGACAAGGACAAGAAAAAUGCAAGCUUCACAUAAAGCCUGUCAAGCCAAGGAUGUUCCUGCAUUCACCUGCUUUUGCAGUAAUGUGUCUCUGCCAUCUGUUUUCUUUUUUCUUUUUUUUUCUCCAUUUUUUAACAUGAAUAACUAUUAACUCAUAAUAUAGCGGGAACAAGAAGGAAGAAGGUUUGGGUACAGGACUGUAUGCAACUGGAAGUUCAGGGUUGGAUGGAGGGGCAAGAUAAUGAUACCAUGUAUUUUUUCUCGUCAAAACUUGCAGCAGUAAAUCAUUCUUGGCCCCAAAUUUGAACUGAGAGUCAGGGCUGGACGUCAGCAGCUCGGGUGAGCGUCAUUGACUGGAUCAGGUCCUCAGUGCUGCUGGCCUACCCAGCUCUCGGAGGGCUGGCUGCAAUAGCCCUGUGCUGAAGGGGUCCCUGGGUCCGCAGAAACCGGCCUCGGGGAAUGACUGCUGUACGAGGGUCACAGCCCCAAUCCCCGGUGUGGCUAAACCCCGGAGCUGAGUCCGACCCGUAUUCCUUCGAUAGCUAAUGUGUUAGAGCAAUAUGAGUCCCGCUGUUGGGGGAGAGGGAGGGGGGUAUGUGUGUGUAGAUAACAAAAGUCUAACUGACCUUGCAUGCCAUUACAUUUGCAUGAUAUUUUUUUUUAUUAGUUCCUGGUUUUGUUGUCUGACUUGAUCAUACUAGUUGGCUUCGAUUUAUUGUCAUGUGCUGGCAUAUUUUUACAGCCACCCUUCCAGUUCAGUGUAGUAGCUACCGGCUGAACGGUAUGGUGGGAUCGAGGCGGCACUGCAGGCGCCUGGGAGAGGGACCAUUUCUCCUUACUGCUUUCCAUGUGUUACUUGCCUGACCAUAACCUUUGAAACCUCACUUAAAAUAGUACCUGGCUUCCGAUGUGGAUGAUCUUAGCAAGACUUAGCAGCCCUUACGGAAUCAAAUGCCUGGGCGGGGGGGAAGACAUAGCCUUCGGCAUCCUCUUGCAGCCUUCAGGAGGAUUCCUGCACGCGCUUAAAUACAGACUUGCAAAGCUGUGGGAUCCAGAAUUUCAUCUCGAGGGAGAGAGGGUGCCUGGACACACAUUCCUCACGCUCCCACCAGCCCUCCUGCACCAGGGACAAUGUCCCAUUCAGAUGUCCUUUGAACGUGCAAAGGAGUUUUAGCAUAAGGCAGGCCUUGCUCUGUGGCCAGCGCGGUGUGGAAAUUGGUCUGUUUAAUGUGUGUUUUCUAUGCCAUUGCUUUUCGGACAGAGUCUUUCCCUUCCUUCCCAAGAAGUGGCGAGCCAUGCUUACCCUAUGACUUCUGGAUUUCUUUCUCUUCUGCUGAUGUACAGCCAGCAUUUCCACUGCUCCUAGCUAGGUAGUCUCCUGUUUCUUUCUUUAAAGCACUCUUAAAAAUAACUCCUUCCACCUAAGUCUCACGCACUGCAGUUCUUUGCUUGUUUCUGGGGUGGAAUUUCUUGCCCCU